AAGCUAGAGGAUCCUGAAGCCCGGGAGAGGCAGUUGGAGAAGGGCCUGGUCUUCCUCCACAGCAAACUGGGUGGGCUUGUUUAGGAUCCUCUCCUUUUCCUUCCCAUCCCACCUCACAGAUGCAUUAAGAAACCUCAGGUGAGCAAUGGCAGGCGCUGGUGAGCGCAAAGGCAAGAAGGAUGACAAUGGCAUUGGCACGGCCAUUGAUUUUGUGCUCUCCAAUGCCCGGCUGGUGCUGGGGGUAGGUGGAGCAGCCAUGCUGGGCAUCGCCACAUUGGCGGUUAAGCGGAUGUACGAUCGGGCAAUCAGUGCCCCUACCAGCCCCACCCGCCUGAGCCAUUCAGGGAAAAGGAGCUGGGAGGAACCAAACUGGAUGGGCUCCCCCCGACUGCUGAAUAAGGACAUGAAGUCAGGCCUGAGCCGGUCCCUGCAGACCCUUCCCACAGCCUCCUCCACUCUUGACACAGAUACAUUCUGCCCACCCCGGCCCAAACCAUUGACCAGGAAGGGCCAGGUAGACUUGAAGAAGUCACGACUCCGCAUGUCCCUGCAGGAGAAACUUCUUUCUUACUACCGGACCCGGGCAGCCAUCCCUGCUGGCGAGCAGGCUCGGGCCAAGCAAGCUGCCGUGGACAUAUGUGCUGAGCUUCGGGGUUUCCUGCGGGCCAAGUUGCCUGACAUGCCUCUUCGGGACAUGUACCUGAGUGGCAGCCUCUAUGAUGAUUUGCAGGUUGUAACAGCUGACCACAUCCAACUCAUUGUGCCCCUCGUGCUGGAGCAGAACCUGUGGUCGUGUAUCCCCGGUGAGGACACCAUCAUGAAUGCCCCCGGCUUUUUCCUGGUUCGUCGUGAGAACCCAGAAUACUUCCCUCGUGGUAGCAGUUACUGGGACCGCUGCGUGGUAGGGGGCUACCUCUCCCCAAAGACAGUGGCAGAUACGUUUGAGAAGGUAGUGGCUGGCUCUAUCAACUGGCCGGCCAUAGGGUCCCUCUUGGACUAUGUGAUCCGACCAGCGCCACUCCCGGAGGCUCUGACCCUAGAAGUGCAGUAUGAGUGUGACAAGCAUCUCGUCAUUGACUUCCUGCCAUCAGUGACUCUCGGUGACACUGUUUUAGUGGCCAGACCACACCGGCUAGCCCAGUAUGACAACCUGUGGCGACUGAGCCUGCGUCCUGCUGAGACGGCACGCCUGCGGGCUUUGGACCAGGCUGACUUAGGCUGCCGAUCUCUGUGCCUCAAGAUCCUCAAGGCUAUAUGCAAGUCCACCCCGGCCCUGGGCCACCUCACUGCGAGCCAGCUCACCAACGUCAUCCUCCACUUGGCCGAGGAGGAGGCUGACUGGUCUCCAGAUCUGCUGGCUGACCGGUUCCUGCAGGCCUUGAGGGGGCUCAUCAGCUACUUAGAGGCUGGAGUCCUGCCCAGUGCUCUGAACCCCAAGGUGAACUUAUUUGCAGAGCUCACUCCUGAAGAAAUAGAUGAGUUGGGAUACACUCUCUAUUGCUCAUUGUCUGAGCCAGAGGUGCUGCUGCAGACGUAGGGCAGGUGGAAGCCGCAGUGGGUGUUGGGUGGUCAGGCCCUGGAUUCUCCGUUAGAAACACUCGGCCAUGUGGUUGGUGCCACACAGGGUUCCUGGGUGCCUCCCGUCUUGCUGGUCAUUGCCCUGAUCACUUUGUGCUGAUUAGGAGGACAUCUUUUCAGUCUCCUGUUUUCUCACCCAACCCUUUCUAUUUUUGUUACCAAACACUGUGCUUCUUGCUCUUCUCUCCCCAUCCCUUGCCCCAGGCUAAUUUUUCAGAGUGAAAUGAGAAGGCAGAGCACUGGCCUGGGCUGUUGAGACCAGUUGUUUUGCAUUUCGGCCAGGUAGUCUGUCUCUGUCUGCCCUGCCUUUUUUGCCUGUUCCUUUUUAGCUCUUUUCUUUUCCAUCUUUUCUGUCUUGUUCAUGCCUUCUGUUUUGCUCUUUUCCCUGGAGCACAUCUGCCUAAUCGAGAUGUUGCCUUCUAGUUGAAUGUCAGUGAAGAGCUACGAUUGCAUGUUUCCAAGCUGAGCUCUGCAGAAUGAGUGUCUAAGGCAGUAUUUAGGGUUUUUUGGGGUAAGGCUAGCAGAAGAGCUGGACUUUGACUCAGGAUUCUGGAAAAGAAGCCCGUUUGCCCCUCCUCUGACCAACUCAUAUUCAUAAUUGUUGAGAACGUCUCUCAUGGGAACACUGUUAUUGACCCACUCAGGAGUGAGGGCUCAAUAUAAACUGGACAUAAACUUAUUUGGAGGUUGUAUUUCUUAGUGGCCAUCAGUGAGAGUGCCGGGGUGGGGGAACUGGAGGUGGUUAAGAAGGUCUGCUAGAAGGUUUGUGUACCUAAUGUCCUUACCCAUGGCUGGGCCAGGCAGCGCUGCCGUGUGCAGGGGUCAGACAAGGACAAGGAAGGGAAGGAGGCAGCAAGGGCAGCACCUCACCAAGAAGCUGCUUUCCAUCCUCCUCCUUGUCUUAUGCCAAUUAGGAUAAGGCCUUCAAGAAACAGCCUUAGCAGUAGAGGUUAAAGCUGGAAAAUCUCUUCACCAGUUGGUCUCUGUGACCAUGUUCCUCCCUCCCUUCCCCCCAGACAGACCCUGCCUUUCUAGGACAUUGCCUGGAGCAAGAACUUGCCCGACACCCAGUCCCUCAUCCCCCCAUGUUUGCCACAGGAAUGUGAAAGGGGUGUUUGUUGAAGUCUCCUGGCACCUCCAGAGGCCAAAGGGCAACUGAGUACAUACAGACUUCACUCUUAUCGUGCCUCUCACCCAGCACCUGGGAAGAGAGAGCUCAUGGAUAAAAUGUACAUGAAAGGGAGGUGGGUAUUUCCUACGUUCCUUCUUAUUUCCUGCUGCUUAAAACUGCACUAUUUAUAUUGUGGUGUAAAAGUAUCCUGAGGGUGGGGAGGAGUGUUUAAAUCACAGUGUCUUUGUGUCUUGUAUUUUUUUUCCUGUUUGUGGAAACAGGCAGAUAAUAAUUCUGUUUCUGAUUUGCCCAUCCAGUAUUUUGUUAUUUUCCCAUCAAGUCUUAUUAUUUUUUUCUCUUCUUACUAUCUGUCCAUCAGUGAGGUUCUGGUGAGGCUCUCUGCAGAUGUCUCAUUCCUUUCCCAUGACAGUGACAUGAAAUGACUCUUUAAAUAGCUUAGAUGCCUCAGCUACCCUCUGAGAUUCCAUCCCUUUUUUGUCAUACAUUAGGAGGUUGAGAACCAGGGUUACCCUUGCUGUUCUUAAGAGAAUCAUUCUGCCUCUUCCAUAUAUGUGCAAGGGUGCCUUAUGGUAGUUCAGUUAUUUCUUCUGAAUGAAGCUACUGAGAAAAAAUGAGAAAGAUCAAGCUUACAACCUUGAGAUUCUAGUGUAGAGAUUCUCCACCCUGGCUGUUCAUCAGAAUCAAAUAGGAGUUAAAAAUAUAUCUAUACACAUAUGGCCAUGUGCUACCCUGGGAGAUUUGGGUAGUGGUAGGGGGUGGGGCCCAGUCACUGAUGAGUCCCACGCACCCAUGUGUUGUCCACGAGAAGCCAGGGGGAAGGGAGGCCUUGAUAGAGUGUUGAAAAGCAGGGAUUUUUUUCUUCUUCGAGAUAAAGGUUUGGUUUCCCUGCUGUGGUGAGUAUUAUAUUACCAUUCUCCCAAGCUGGUGUUUCUGAUCAUGCUCCAUAUAAGACAUUUGAAGGAGAGCUUAAAAAAAAAAAAAGAAAAAAAGACCAAGACCCAAAUUAUCAAAGCCAAAUAUACUUAUGAUGUUAAGAGGGGAAGUGAGUUUGCCUUUUCUCUUAAGGACCAUCUUCUUAAGAGCACCUCUUUCUGUUUACUCUGUCUGUCACAAAAUCAAAAGCUCAUUAUUUUGCCAUAAUACCAGUAAGUACCUCUUGGAAGACCUCAGAACUGGAAGCAGCAGUGGGAAUUCUCAGCCCUGGGCCUCGAGGGUUUGCUGCCUCUGACUAGGCAAGCUACUCUCUUUGCUGCCAUUUUCAUCAUCAUAAAAUGUAGAAAAUAAGUUAAGUGCUUUGAGAAUUUCUGUAUGGAAGAGGGUAAUAUCAUUCUACUUAAAAAAAAAAAAAAAAAAAAAAAAAAAUUUGGGGAAA